UCUGCCACCGUUUUAAUGACCAGCAGCGGAACUAUACAUAACAGUCUUUGUAUGACACGGGACUAUUAGGCAGCGAAACCAGAUCCGUAAACAAACGUAACGCUAGCAACUGCUGGGACAACCCAAACACAUGUCCCUAGGGCGGCUUCAGGAGCUCCAGAAAUAUGUUUAAGAACACGUUUCAAAGCGGAUUCUUGUCAAUUUUAUAUAGCUUAGGCAGCAAGCCGCUUCAGAUAUGGGAUAAGAAGGUGCGGAAUGGCCACAUCAAGAGAAUCACAGACAACGACAUCCAGUCCUCAGUGCUGGAGGUCGAGGGGUCCAACGUGAGCACCACCUACAUCACAUGCCCUGCUGACCCUAAGAAAACACUGGGCAUCAAGCUUCCCUUUCUGGUCAUGAUCAUCAAGAACCUGAAGAAAUAUUUCACAUUUGAAGUCCAGGUGUUGGAUGAUAAAAACGUGCGGCGGCGUUUCCGUGCCAGUAACUACCAGAGCACGACGCGGGUGAAGCCCUUCAUCUGCACCAUGCCCAUGAGGCUCGACGAGGGCUGGAACCAGAUCCAGUUCAACCUGUCCGACUUCACGCGCCGCGCCUACGGGACCAACUACGCCGAGACGCUCCGUGUGCAGAUCCACGCUAACUGUCGCAUCAGAAGGGUGUAUUUCUCUGACCGCCUGUACUCUGAGGACGAGCUCCCAGCAGAGUUCAAGCUCUACCUGCCCGUCCCCAACAAAGCAAAGCAAUAGAGCUUUGGAACAUGCUCUCUCCCCCCCCCCCCCCCCCCCCCCCCCCAUUCCAGAUUUCAAUAUUACUAAAGUGAGAUUCUCUCCAUUUAAACUGGUUUUUGUGUUGUCCUAACUGUGAAUUACAUUUUUAUUGUCAUUUUUUUUGGAUCAAUAAAGGAUUUUUAUGAUGCAGCAAACUGUUCAGGAAUGAGAUAUUUAAAGGAAAGGUAUAUCUCAAGCAUAUGUAUUUAUCUGAAUGUGUACUUGGUUUAUGGAAAUGAAUGAGCGGAGUCCAUUUAAAGAAUAUAAACACUCUUUAUGAAAUAUCACAAUGUUCAUUUAGAAGGCUUUAGGCAAAAUACUUGGUCUCAAUUUGGCUCAAACACCACCCAAAAUUAAAUUAAUACAUUUCUUUCAUGUGGCAGUCAAACACGUCGGUAAUAUAAAAGUGAAUCCCAUCUUUUAAAAGAUUAUAUACUGAUGUUCCGAAAUAAUAGAUUGGAAUCAAACUACCUACAGCACGGGGUAAAGUAGUGGUUACAUUUUUUGCAUAAGAAUGCAAAUAGGAGCAUAUAAACAAGACCUUUUUUGUUAUUAUUGGGUCUAGGUGUUGGCAGAGCACGCAAAUACACAUCAAUAUUUCAUUGACAAUACUGUAGAGCUGUCACGAUACGAUAGAGUGGUUUGCAAGAUACCACAGUGCAAGUGUCAUUGCUCUGCAAAUUGUUUCUCCUCAUCAAAUCAACCAUUCCCUGACCCUGUCUGACCAUACACACUCUGUCCUACACAAACACACAGGUAACGAGAAUAUCUUGUGACACCUGAUCGAUGCGGUCUAUUGCUUUUUACACAAUCACCCUAUUGUAAAUGGCUUUGGAUAAAGGUGCCAGCUUAAUACAUGUAAUGUAAUCUUGGCUGAUCCUCCAUGAAGAUCACCAAAUUGUUAAUGGUGUCCAAAGAUACGAUUGGAAUUAAUGGGAUAUCGGAUCAUUCUAAUUUUUUCUUUUUUUUCAGAAAUCAAUUUAUUUUAGUAUGCUUUUAGCAUAACUAACCUUCCACUAGGAGCUAUUGGGAAUACUAUUCAGGCCUGUGAGGAUUGCCUAAGUCUAGGACAAAUAAGGUCAUAUUUCAAAAAGGUUAAGCUCACACAACCAGUGGAAGAAGUCUUUUCGAUUGUCGAAAAGACUCAAUCAAUCCCAUAAAGCCAUUAUUCCUGGAGCCAGCUUUCAUGUUAACAGUGAAAGGCUCCAAUUAAAUUAAACUUCAAUUCAAUAAUAAAAUUCUCAGAAUAUUGCAAGAAAAAUCGAAUGGCAAACGACAGCCACAAUUUAAGUAAAUAAAGCUUCCCUUGAAUAUUUUCUAUUGAGUCAAGCAAUUAGAAACAACAUCGACGUAAGAUACAGAAAAUAAACAGACCAACUCUUAUUACUUCUAUGGCUGUAGUGACGCAUUGUAUUGCUUAAAUUCAUAGCAAGCAUUCCUUUUGUGCAUAAAAGCCCAGAUAAACAUUUGAAAACUUAAAAAAAUGUUAUUGCAAAUUAAAUACAAUUUCAUAAGGUAUAAUAUAUAACAUCAUUAAAUUCAGGUGCAUGGCAAUCAGUGCAUUUAAAAAUAAAUUAACAUUUAGCAAAAUAGAAUUAUCUCAAAUCACAAUGUUCCACAAAGUUAAAAUCAACAACACAAAAUAAAAUAAACCGAAGUAUAAUUCAAUAUAGUAGUGUUGGGGUCUUCUCUUGCGCUGAUUGCGGUCCCUUGUAGUUAGUCCAUCUUAGUUCUUUCUCACUGCAUGGCUUUCUCUCACUUCACUCUUUUCUCACUAUCAAAAUCUCCUAGCCAAGAAUUGGUGUUCGAAACAUGGAAGUAAGGAAUGAACAACAAGAACAGGACGAGGACAAGUGGUUCUUUGUUCGUUAGUGCAAAGAUAAACUCUGUAAUCAUUCGUCAAACCAGAAGAAUAUUCUCAUCCUUUUUUGACAAAACUCUGUGAUCCCACUGUAUGUCUCCACUGCCUUUGCGAUCCUUCUCCUCCUUGUCUUGGCUUGACUAAAGGCCUGUUCGUAAUAGGCAGUGGCUGACACCUCUCCCACACAUGUUGGCAUGCAUUUGUAGUUUCCAAAAAACUAACGCACAAUCAAAAAGGCUUGUCCUGUUCAUUAAAUGCAACAAGAAAACGAAAAGUCACAUUGUUGUCGCCAACAAUCUCCUCGGGAAUGGCAUUUUAAAAAUGGGAUUUGUCCAUAUUUUAAUCGCACACCAUAUGUUACAUUCCGUCCUUUGUUUUGAGUGCCGCCUCCUCUGUGUGGGGGUGUGUGUGUGCGUGCGGUCACUCUGACGUCCCAUAAUGGAUGACGUAGUAGUCGUGCACGUACAUGAGCACGGCCACCGGCUGGCCGAUGAUCAGAGACAUCCACACCGCUGCGUUGCCAUAGUUACCGUUCAGGAAGCGUCCCACGAACCAAGCCAGGGGAACCUGCAAGCAUGUAGUGAAGUUAAAGAGUCGUCCUACUGUGUGGGCGCUUUGCACAAAGGGACAACGAGAAGCCCCAUGUUGGGGAGGCACAC